AUGUCUGAGAACAACUUUUCUGACGAAGAUGGAAGCCAACUGCGGUCAACAAUCGCGUGCCAUGUUUGUCGGAAGCGCAAGCAAUCGCUACAACAAUGCGAGUACCCGGAGAGACCUUUGCGACCGGGCCCCAAGAUUGGAUCGACCCAGAAUCCUCGAAAACGGAAGAAUCGAGCUAGUGAUGUCGACAAAGAGCAAUCACAGCAGCAUGCGGGUCAGUUACCAUCACCUCCUCAGCAAAGUCAUUCGGACACGUCAAAAACCGGACCUCCUACCUCUCAGGACGUCUCUGAGGCACCCGAGUCACCUGGCCGACGAGCGACGGAUAUUCAGACUCUUGGCUUCAUUAUUCAUCCGUCGCACGAAUCGUGCUCGCCGGAAAAAAGGAAGGACGACAGUCCAGGGAGCAACAGACACAGUCAACAUGGAAGCUAUGUCACGUCCAGCUGUUAUGCACUGGGCUUCAACCCGGCACUUUUAAAUCAUUUCAUCGAUAAAUUUUUUGAGAACUUCACCUCGUUUCAGCUCUUUCGUCCAGGAGACCUUCGCUCGUUGCUCCAUUCGGUCGAGACCUCAAAUCAAUGCAAAGCUCUUCUUGCAGCAAUUCUGCUCUUUGCCACCAAAAAUCAAGACGAGGAGGACGAUCCGAGUCUCCAGCAGCGGCAACACAACCUUUCCAGCUCUCACCUGGUCGAUCAGGCCCUGAAACUUGUUGACCAGUCGUUCUACGAAUGUGAAGAUUCUCCAGUUUCCCUACCCCUGCUACAGGCAGUAAUUCUUCUUACCCAUUGGUUGCUGAUUCAAGGAGUUCGCGGAAGAGCUUGGAGAUACCUUCGAGUGGCAGUCGGCAGCGCCUACGAACUCAACAUGCAUCUCAUCGAUGCGAACAAGCGCGAAGAUGACAAGAUCGAUCCGGAUGUGUGGUGCGAGGAAGAAGAACGUCGUCGAGCGUGGUGGGCUAUCUGGGAAAUGGACGUCUUUGCAAGCGUCAUCCGUCGUUGUCCAACUGGGAUUGAUUGGUCUCAGAACGAGACCUUUCUUCCUGCCGAGGAUGAAAACUGGUAUCGUGGUGAACCGCAAAAGAGCUGCAUUCUCAGGCAAGACCUCGUUGAGAGAUACAAAUUUCUCGAAGCCUCGGGCAACAAAUCUUCCAAAGCCUGGUUUAUCGUGGUUAAUUCCCUGAUGAAAGACGCACAGAAAAUCACCAGUCCAAUUGGAGUGGACAAAGACCCAUCUCCCGUAUGCCAUUCUGGCGACAACCAAUUCAAUUCUUCUACUGACGACAGUCUUCGAAAACCACCACCAUGCAAGGAGUCGCUCAAUCGGCUCCUCAUGAUCUACAACACCCUUCAAUGCACGACUAUGGCGCUCCCACGGUCUUCGAAAUAUAGGAACCAGUAUCUCAGCUUCGGUACCCGCGAACUCGACCCUCAAAUGGCCCUGAAAAGUCGACUUCAGGACAGCGCCAUCUACAGCAUCCAUUCUAUGGCACAAUUGACGAAGUUGAUGAUCUCCAAGUACUACCUCUUCAACAACGACCUGAGAGGACUCUCCAAGAAGGACCCGCGCCGCCGCACGGCAAGGACACAAGCUCUGGAGCAAUACUCUGAGUCCUCCGACGAAAUCGUGUCCCUAGUCGGCCGGAGUUAUGAAGAGCAAUACAAAUUCGUCAAUCCCUUCAUCGCCAACACAAUUUGGCUUGCUGGUGCUGUGCAAUUACUGUAUCGAGAACUAGCACCACUCGACAAGUCAGACAGAGACUACACCAGUUCGAAGCUGGACUUGCUAAGCAUGACAUACAAUAAAUUCGUAAAGUACUGGAAUAUGUCGACUACAUUGCAGAAGAACCUCGAGGUCGUUGAAAGUGAGAUUCGCAACCUCCAAUCCGAUGGACGAAAGCCCGAUUCCGGAAGCCGAGCCCGAAGACCAUCGGCUGCAAGGAGGAAGUCGUUCAAAGAUCCUGCCGCAAUGGCAGCCACUGGUGAAGUAAGAUGGGGACAAAUUCAACAUGAAGGUAGACACGAACCUUGUCUCAAGCAUUGUACUAUACUGGCACAGACUGACGCAGAAUCGCUUAUAGUGGGCAUUGGUCAACUUCAGAACGACACAGCCAACGGCCAGAGAGGUCCUUGGCCGACGGUUCCUGGCAAGGCAAAUAACCUGUUCCGUGACGCCUCGGCACAAUUCGAACAAAUGGCUGCAAAUUUAUUUAGCAAUGCUUCAGCACCGGGACCGAAUUCAAACGACGUUGAUGCUUUCCUCGCAUCAAACACUACGACGAUGGCGCAAAUGCCAGUCAUGAAUCAGCCGAUGCCCAGUAGCAACGGGAUCGGGACACAGGGAGAUCUUCCUCUAUUUGCAAGUACAGGCACAGAAGCAGAGUUGUCGCCGGACUUCUACGUUGGAGAUCUGAGUGCAGCGAAUCCUGAUCUAUCUCAAUACUUUGGUGAUAUACUCUCUGGUGGAUACAUGGCUUGA